GUGUAGCUCAUAUUUCCUCCGCCAUCUUGGCUGGUCAGACUCACAGGUCGUGUUCUCUUCGGGACUAUUAAUCGAUUUUAAGAAGAAAAAAAAAAAUCUACCAUGGCUUUAGCGGGAGGAUAUCGCAACAACAAUUACCAAGAGGAAAGCAUUUACAAUCUCAUCCCAAAGAUACAAGAGAGACCUCCGAAAGAACCCAGGUACCGCUCAACAUUCACCAAAACUGUUAAGCAAGAUACCUCGAGUUUCAGACAAUCCAACAAAACUAUGGGACCACCAAAAGUUGUCACCCACCAACCAGACGAAUUUCUCAAGAAACACUCAAAGGAACCGAAACUCCCAGAUAAAAAGCCAUUUCGUUAUGAGGAUGAGACUAAACGCCGGCCAGCUGUUCCAAAGCAUAGCGAGAAACCGCUGAUGGGUAUUCGCUCAAACAAGAACUUUAUUACUACAAAUGCAGUAGAGAACAUUAUGUCAGUUCCUAAGAAGCCAGAGAAAAAGUUUGCAGACACGAGAGAUGGCUCUACACACCCUCUUACCCCCUCUGGUCUAACCCCAAAGUACACACAGAAGAAAGAUUAUGGCAAAACUCCACAGUAUCUUGAGCGGCGCAAGGCUGAAACAGAAAGAGCCCAAGCUGAUUAUGAUAGUUAUAUCCAGGAACGCAUGAGACAAGGGGCAAUGAAGCAGAUGUCUUAUGGUGAGAGGCAGGCAAUCAUUGAUGGUCUUAAAAAAAAUUGGGAGGAUUUACAUCAUCAGUACCAGGGAUUAUCAGUUGUUACUGAUACAGCACCUAAGAAGGCACGUAAGGAGAGGAUGGAAGCCGAAAUGAAACAGCUUGAGAGAGACAUUGAUAUGAUUGAGAAGCACCAAGUAAUUUACCUGGCAAAUUGAACUGGAAAUUAAUAAUAUGGGAAAUCCACUUUCAUAUCUUGUCUCAUUUUGAAAUAUUUGCCAUCAAGUAUUCUCAGUUAUGUCUACUUUCGUUUGCUUGAAAUAUGGACUCUGGCAAACAUGGGAAUGAUAAGCAAAUGCAGUUACAAGGGUAUACUUUCUUUUAGUGACAAACUUAUUGUAUAUAUGUACAAAAAAAGAGGUAAAUUUUUUAAAUAAAUGCCAUUAUAAUCAUA